GAGAGAGGAGCUGAGGCAGAGAGAGAGACAGAGGAGGAGCAGACGGACGGAGCUCGUCUCCACGCUCUCGGAGCUCGGAUUCUCCCGCAGAGACGCCAGCAGAGCUCUGCAGCUCGCUGACGGGGACGUGGACAAGGCCUACAUGAUCCUGUGUGACUCCAGUCAGGCUGCUGAGGCAACCAAUAACAACACAGACGGAGCCCCCAGUCCAGAGAAGGUGGAGCAGCUGCUGUAUCUGGGCUUUGAGAGACAUGUCUCUGAAGCAGCUCUGAGACUGACGGACGGAGACGUCCAAACAGCGACGCAGCUGCUGCUGGACCACCAGGGCGUCCUGUCCCCGGAGCUUCUGUCCCCGCCCUCCACGUCCUCCUCGCCGUCCUCUGAGGAGCCCAGCACCUCCUCCUCCACCUCCACAGAGGACAACGAGCUGGUUAACGAGGUCCUGGAGGACAUUUCCCGCCAUGAAGAAGAUUAUCUGGACCUGACCCUGGAGGACGAGAGUCAGCUGAUCCAGACCAUGAAGACCUACCUGAGCAGAGGACACACACACACUGUGUGAUACGCGCACACACACACACACACACUGUGUGACACACACACACACACACACACAUUGUGACACACACAGUAAGACACACACUGUUAUCCAUUUAUAACGGUUCUCGUGAUGUUUUCUUUUAAAUAAUGAUUCUUCUGUUCAUCGACGACUUUAAUUAAUCAGCCGAGGUCGUCGGAGACUUAACGAGAUGUUUGAUUCUGAGUUUUUGUGUUCGAAGCACUUUCAUUAUGAUUCUUCCUCUAAUGGUAAAUAAUGUUUUCUAAAUGAAAUCAUUGGUUGUUGUUUUGGAGAAACCAAAGGAAUGUUUAAAAAAAGCUGUUU